AUUUUGUAUAAAAGAAUGGGUGUGGUUUAAGAGCAGUAUCAGUUAGCAUUUAAGUGCCAAUCAACGUGCGUACAAAAACCAAAUUCAAACAACAAUGUUCUUCAAGACUUCUUUGGUUGUUCUUGCUUUUAUCGGAGCCAUCGCUGCCCAGCACUACUAUCAAGAACAGCAGCAUCAUCAUCAUCAUGAGGAAGAACAUCAUGGCCCGGCUCACUACGAAUUCCAUUACGAUAUCCAUGAUGACCACACCGGAGAUGUGCACGGACGCAAGGAAUCCCGCAAGGAUGACCAGACCCAGGGAGAAUACUAUCUGAUUGAUGCUGAUGGCCACAAGCGCACUGUCACCUACCACGUUGAUGGCAAGAGUGGAUUCAUUGCUGAGGUGCACCGUGAGCCAAUCAAGGGAUACCAGGCGCCGCAGCCAGUGCACAAGGUCGUGGCUGUUCCAGUGCAUCACGGGUAUCAUCAUUAGAUAGUGGAAUGGAUGGAUGGCUUCUAGAUAGUGCAAAUUUGUAAAUAAACAACAUCUAAGUAAUUCAA